UCGGUCCCGCCCCAGGCGUUCAGGACUCCGGCGGGAGGGCGCCGGUGUCCACCUAGGAAUCCCGUUUUGGGGCCGCUGAGUGCGGCUGCUUUCGCCCUCGGCCCGGUCCGGGAGUCCGAAGGGUUUGAGGUGCGGGAGCUGAAGCUUCAGCAGAGCCCUGAUCUAGGAACACCUCGAUGGCCCUGGGAGAAGAAAUGGCAGAGGCAGCCACGGACGCGAAGGCCCCGUGCCCUGGGGGGUGGAGCUGCCCGGAGCAGGAGCUGGACCCUACAGGGCCUGCGUACGGGGAGCAGCCGCCCCACCUGGAAGCCGAGGGGGGGCCUGCCUCCCCUGUCGGGGGUGCCCAGGGGCUCCCUGCCCCUGCCUGCCACUGUGGGGCUGGCUCUGGCCCCUCGGGAGCCUGCCAGCCGCAGGCCAACGGGGCCAGCAGGGAGCCGGCAGUGGGUGGGUCUAAGCCGGCUCUCAGUUCCCUGCUUACCCCUGCCAGCCUGGGGACUGGAGAUUUGCACUCCGUGAGAAGCCAGAUGGAGGAGACUAGGCUUUCUGCCUCAGAGGAGCUACCUCAGACUCGCACCAUUCCCAGAACCACCGCUCUUUGCUCAGGACAUGAUGCUGACACUGAAGAUGACCCGUCCCCAGUCGAGUCGCCGCAGGAGCUAGACCGCAGCCCACAGUCUCACGUCUCAGGGUUCCCGUUCCCGUCAAGGUGGACACCUGCGGUGAGCCCCGGUGCCACUGCGCCUCAGUCUUCCAGCUGCAGCGUCUCUACCUCAUCCCCGGGCAGCAGCCUCCAGGGUCACCAGGAAAAGGCGGAGCCUCAGAGUUGCUCCCUUGCCAAGGUCUCCUCCUCCCUGGAGCUGGCUGUCCCGCCGUCGGCCCCCUCGGUGGUGGGGCUGGGGCCUCGGCUUCAGUGGUCACCCCAGCCAGUGUCCUCAGGGGGCGAUGCUCCCAGGCUGGGCAGGAGGCGCCUCUCCUUCCAGGCCGAGUACUGGGCCUGCGUGCUGCCGGAUUCCCUGCCUCCCUCCCCUGACCGCCACUCCCCGCUCUGGAGCCCGAAUAAAGAAUAUGAAGACCUGCUGGACUAUACUUACCCCCUCAGGCCCAGGCCUCAGCUCCCAAAACACCUUGACAGCCGCGUGCUGGCUGAGCCUGUCCUGCAGGACUCAGGCGUAGACCUGGAUAGCUUCUCUGUCUCCCCAGCAAGCACCCUGAAGUCACCCACUAAUGUCUCGCACAGUUGCCCACCAGCAGAGGCCGCUGCCCUGCUGUUCUCAGGGCCCAGAGAGCCAGUCCUUAAGCGGUGGCCCUCUGGAGUACCCCAGAAGCAGGGCAGUGUGGGGUUGGCAUCUUGUAGCCCCAUUGCCUCUACCCCCAGAGCCCCAGGCAGUAGGGACACUCCUUGGGAAAGCAGAGAGCCAGCCCUGAGGGGCAUGAAGCACUGGCCACCUGUGGGCAAGCACCUUGAGCUGGGCUCUCCCCACCUGAGAACAUGGGACAGAGGGUGGCCCUCACCCAGGCUGGAAAGGGAGAAGGGGGCCAGCCAGGGUAUCGGGCGCUUCGCCUGCAUGGAGUCUGGAUGGAAACCACAAGAGGAGGCGGAAAGUGAUGACGAGUAUCUGGCCCUGCCCUCUCGGCUGACACAGGUUUCUAGCUUGGUUUCAUAUCUGGGUUGCAUUCCCACCUUGGUGCCCCUGCCCACUGAUGCUGCUGAAGGGCAGAGAUCCCUGGAUGUGUCAGACAGUGAUGGGCCAGUUUCCCUCCCGUCGGACUCCAGCCAAAGCCAGCUUCCCUCUGGGGCUGCCCUCAGAGGGUCUCGAAGCCCUGAGGACCACAACCACUGUUUGCUACGCUCCUUCAUCCGUGCAAGGGGCUCAGCGGGAGAGGGCAGUCUUGUGAAUAGCCAGGCCCUGGGAGUCUCCUCUGGACCACUGAGAACAUGCGCCUCCUUGCCGGCGAUGUUGGACCAGCGGUCAUUCUCGGAUCCGGAUGCCGAAGGGCAGCCCCCCAGGAAAGGAGGAGAGCAAGGAAAAGAGUCACUCGUGCAGUGUGUGAAGACAUUUUGCUGUCAGCUGGAAGAGCUGAUCCGCUGGCUGUAUAAUGUAGCAGACGCUGCUGACCACCUGACUGCAUCCAGGUCCAGCCUUACAGGCCUCAAGUCUUCUCUGCAGCUUUACCGGCAAUUUAAGAAAGAUAUAGAUGAACACCAGUCCCUGACGGAGAGCGUCUUACAGAAAGGGGAGGUUCUACUUCAGUGCCUGUUGGAUAAUACCCCAGUGUUAAAGGACAUCCUCGGGAGGAUCUCCAGGCAGCCCAGCGAGCUGGAGAGCCAUGCAGAUCACCUGUAUGACACAAUCUUAGCCUCUCUGGACACACUGGCUGGCUGCACCCUCAUCCCCGAGAACACACCAAUGGCACACAGGAACGCCAAUGUGAAGGGGAUUAGCCUGGCAUCUUCUCAGGAAGAGAUGUAAUCUGUUAGCCAAAAUCUGGCUAUUGGGAAAUUUUCAGAAGUCCUUGUUAAGAGCCAUUCAGUACUGAAAUCAAGGGGGAAACUUUCAUGUACUAGCUUUAAAAUGCCUUUCUCUUUCCUGAAGUAAGGGCUGUUGAGUUACUAUUUUUAUUUAAAAUGAAUCCUUCCAAAUUAAGGUUUUCCUUUGGUGCUUCUCUACAAAGAGCAUGUAGCUUUGCGGUUGUUGAUAAAAUAAUGCAAAUAAGGCUUACAGGUCUUUCCUAUGUCCAUUUAAAAAGAGAGAGCACUCCUAAACUAGUCCACCUGCUGAGAUCAUUUAAAGAAGGUAUGAGAAAGCAGGUACCCAAUACUUGGUAUUCUCAGGCAUAUAAGAGGAUCCAAGAGACUGGUGGGCCAGGAACUUGGGUCUUUUCAUAAAAUGAAGCAUACAUAGGCUUAUAAAUCCCUCUUUGAAGAUUGUAGAAGAGACUUUGAACUCUCCCAGUUAAUAGAAGGUUCUGAAC